CUACCUGCAUACCCAAAGCCUUCAAAUCAAAUUAAAAAAAAGUCCCUCACUUGUUAUUCACGAAUUUACGUUAUGCCAUUUGUGUGCGUCCGAUUCCGUCAAAACUCGAAAGUGUCGUGCCAUGGGGCAGGGUCAAAUUCUCAGCCAACUGAGCAGUCUGAGCUGAGACCAAAAACUUAUCAAUGCUCAGGCCUCACAGAAUGACUACGUACCUACUGUACACUGCCUCUUAGUAUGAGCUACUAGUACCUACUACUACUGUAUACCUACUACAUGAUCUAUCUUCACUGCUUUGCUUCUUCCUUAGUAGUUAGUACUGCCUAAACCUCUCAUCUCUCAAGUCACAACUCAAAAUUACAUUGGCAAUUUAGAAAUGGAUGUGUUCACUAGUGAUAUUUUUAUUUGUGGGAUAUGUCAACAUAAUUUUGAAAGUAUUGAAGAUUAUGCAUGCCAUAUGAUUAUGCAAGAAAAAUGCAUAAUGAUUUUAAAGGCAUGUGAUGCACUACAAGGUCUAAUUUUGCCAAGAUUCAAACUGGAUGAAAAUGUUGGUGUUAACACACCAAAUUCACAAGCUGAAUGGAUGUCCAGUGUCAUCAAAGUCAGCACUGGACUAGAGAAGUUUCGUUGGAAGUGCCGCCUUUGUAGCUUGACAUUUUCCAGGGAAAAGGCUUAUGUUAAUCAUUACUUCUUGCAACACAAGAAAAAUGAAGAUCUAGGUUCCAAGAAAUUUUUACCUCGACUACCAAAAUUUCAAAUGAACUUGCCACCAUUGAAAAAGAAAUUCAAAUUGGAGUUAUUGGAUCCAUGUUUACCUGAAAUGACCAAGGAAGUUCCAAAAACAAAUGACCAUAAACCAUUUCAUGAUCCAUCUUUAGCACCUUCAAGUGAUGCAUGUAGGGAUGUUGAGCAGAACACAUUUACUGCUCGCAACAGUCAUGCUCAAACAGAAGAGGACUAUGUUUUGCCUUAUCCAAAUGCUGACCAAAUCAUCAAUGGCAGAGAUGACUAUGAAUUGUCUCAUGGGUUUGAGCUUGGAAAAAUUCAGAUGACUGGCCCUUCAUCAUCAGAUCCUUUUGUUACUAUAACUAUGGACGACAGUGGUACUAAUGCUCCAGUCUCAAAUGAAUGCCUGGUUGUGGAGCCUCGCCAAACUGCUUCAAAAUUCUCUGGAAGCCAAAGCAGCAAAAUCAAAGCCUCAGAAGCUAUCACUGAAGACCUGACUUGUGAAGAGCUGGAGGAUGAUGACACAAUGUCAGUAUAUGAAGUGGAUGGAAUUGCGUGUCAGCUCUGCUGUCAAACAUUCAAGAAUACUCGUAACCUACAGCAACACGUGAACAUUGUGCAUGCUGGCAGUCGCUCAUUUGUUUGUGGCUUCAGCGGCUGCGGCCAGGCUUUCAAAACUAAAGGCUCCUUAACCCGGCACCAUCGCAGACACACUGGCGAGCGACCGUUCGUGUGCAGCGUGUGCGGCAGGAGCUUCAGGGAGUCCGGCACCCUGAGACGCCAUCUGCUGGCGCGCGUGUCGUGCGCUCUUAAGUCCGACGCGGCGCUGGUCAGAUAUAAGGCAGAUCUGCCUCUGUACGAUAACAAGGCAUCUGUUGUGAAAUUCUUGAAGAAAGAAGAGUUUCUCGCUAAAGAAGAUUCUCGUGGCGACGCUCAAGCCAAUAAAUCAACCACUAGUGACGAGUCUCAAGCGUGUGUGAGGAACACUCAGUCAAAGAUCGUCUUAGAGGAGAGGCAGCGCCACGAUUCUGCAAAAAUUAACUUCAAGAAUACUCCUCUCAAGUCACUUCGCCAUUGCCAAAUUCAUGACCCUAUUUCUCCGGAUAAUAAUAUUCAGAAUGGAGUUUCCUCAGAUUUUGGAACCCAAACGAAAGUUUUGACUGAUAACAACUCUACUACUCGCACGACCGAGUAUACUGGUGACAAAAGUAGUAAUUUUGCUGUUUCCUCAGACUGUGUUUCCAGCACGAAUGUUUCAUCUGAAAACAACUGUACCAUCACGCUAGAUUCCAAUGACCGCGGUUCACAUACGACAGUUUAUUCAGGGAAGAAGAGUGCCAACACGGCGGCUUCAUCUGGUCUGAGUUUACCUACAUCAGUUUCCCUUGAAUGCAUUCUUUCAGGCGCCAAUGACUUAUCGAUCUCUAAUGAUCAAGUGGCAAAUGUUUCAGCUUUCAAUGGUAAUGCCAACGAAGUCUUAGUUCCCACGGAUUUAAUUUCCAGUUUGAUGACUUCUGCUGACCACAUUCACCGCUCUAUAAUUUCCGCUGAUGACAUUACAGAUGUUGCAGUAUCCUCGAGAUCCUCAUGUAUGGCCGAUCAAAAUGAUCACAUUUAUGAGGACAGAACAUCGAGUGACCCUGCCGUCCAGACUAACGUAGCUAAACAACUCAACGCUGCCGAUAAGCCCGAAGAAACUGAACGCAGCACCACUUCAGUCUGCAAAAUUUCCGCCAAAUACAAUAUUGAGUCCAAAAAAAGUCUCACAUCUGUAUUCACUUCUGAAAAACAUUCAUCAGGCGAAAGCAUUGGGGAAGGUUCUAAUUUAGUUAAAAAUGCCAAUUCUAAAAUCAAGCAAGGAUUUGGUAUCGAUGAAAGGCUUUCUCAAGACCCAAGUGCUCUGAAUACUGACACUCAGUUUACAGCGGGGGUCGAAGAAUCUUCACCUGUCUCUAAUUUGUCUGCUGACGGCUUGCAUUACCGGGCGGCCAACAGUUCUCCUUUCAGGAUGACACCUGGUCGGAUAAUCAAACUUGAGAGAGAAGCUUUGCCCCAGAAAAGCACCGACAGGAGGCAAGCGUCAGGAGUGUCCGUGGAUCAGCUAAGAGCAACAGAGCAGCAGCGGCGCGAGGAAGCUCUCGCUGACACACAGUGUCUGGACGCUGUGUGCAUCAAGCAGGAGGCUGGACUAAAAAUGUUGUGCAAGAGAGAGUUACAGGAAACUGAGGAGACUCGUGCCUCGGAUGGAGAAGAGGACUACAUUCGCAGUCCUUCCGUCCCUCCUUCGCCCUCCUCUGUCUCUUCCUACAACCCAAGUCUGGUGGAUGUGCCGCUGUGGAAUCCACCUGAAGAUCAUCAUCUUUCUCUUGGCUUCGACCAUGACAACGGAAACGAGUCAUGCGAUUUCGGUUCCAAGGACCCGUGGACUUUUACCAAUCAUUAUAGUAAUUUUGAAAAUAGAUCUUGGGGUGUCGUUAAUGAAGCUCAACGACACGUAACUGUUACAGAUGACGUCGAUGUCACAACAUCCAAAAACGGCCUCUCGAAUUCUAGUUGUGUUGUGGCUAACGCAGUGAAAGUUUGUGACUUUGGCAGUGCGUUGCGCAUGGAGGAAAGAGGUGCAAGUUCUUUUCAAGUUCUAUCAGAGUCUGGAGAUGCGAAUUCUGUGCACAUGGUGGCAGCAAGUUCCAGUUCUUUGCGCCUUAAAGAGAGCGCUGUAAGCCCUUCCUGCAACCAAACUGGCAGUGCAAGUUCUUCGCUACGACGGUCUGUGAGCUCAGGAUCUGCUGAAGACUGUGAACUCGAGUCUCGCGAUGAAUACUUCCAUGCCAGCGACCUCAACUCGAAACUUCAGAGGAGGCUUGGCGGCUCGCAGAAUAGAGACGUGAAGCCGAGGUUAACCUUGGAUGUUGAUGUCAAACCCCGUCUUGUUUACGUCACCCCUGACAUCAAACCCCGAGCUCUGUUGUCAACUCCUGGUCCAGGCAGCACUACCAGGAACGCCUCCUGUAGCGCUGACAACUCCGAGAAGUUUCCCAAUCCUAACAGCAAUAAUAAUGCAGCUUUCAGCAAAAACAAUGGAACUUGCAUGAAAACUCUGGAAAUUUCUGGCACCAAUGAACUAGAAGCAACAACAAGCAAAGCUUGUCAACCCUUGACUUCCGUUAACGAUACCAACACAAAAGUAUUAACAAACGCUCAGACGGCGGACUAUAACGCACAGACGUUGAACCUAAGCACCCAGGCGGCAGGCGUGAGCGCGCAGGCGAUGGAACUGAGCGCGCAGACGGACGAUGGGAACGCACAGACGACCGCCUCUAACAACACCGCCAGUCAGGGCGAGGAGGCGUUCGUGUGCGUGUACAAGUGCGUGCACUGCGAGGAGUGCUUCGAGACACGCUCAGCCCUCAUGAAGCACCUCUUCACGCACGCUGACUGCUGUGCAACCUCUGUGGCAGAGCCUUCAAGACUGUGAGCGCUCGGAACCUGCACGUCCGUAGCCACAGCGACGGGCGUGUGGCGUGCGAACAAUGUGGCAAAACCUUCGCCACACGCGGGUCCCUGCUGCGCCACAGCCGCACACAUAGUGGCGAGAAGCCCUACGUGUGCCGCCACUGCCACACGGCCUUCAGGCACGCAGCCACACUGGCGCGCCACAUACGCCACAAGAAACCUUGUUGCCUCAUGACGAAGACGUGACGCUUCCGCGACCAGAAGACGAGUUCAACACCGCAAGAUCACUUCUCAAGUUGAUGGGUUGGUUUGUAAUUAAUUGGUUGCUUAUUUAGUUUCUUCAUCAUUCCAUUACUCUAUAUAUCAUCAGUAUGAUAGCCCCAUGGCCAUAGGACGGCUUAAAUACUAAUCAGGUCCGUCCGCAUUUCAGUUCGUCAUUUCUUGUCGUACUUCAAGAUUGAUAAAAUGACAACUCAAUUAUUUUAUUAGUUUAGUAUUGUUAAAUUAGUUAAAAUUACAAUCAGUCAAUAAUGUGGUCCUUAACUAAUGUGUUCACUAAUUUUGCAUUGAUUCGGUACUUUUUUACUCAAAAUUAUUAAUUAUUUCUCAACUAGUGUUUCAUAAUUUAUA